UGGAGCCUGCCCAACGCCGAGCGCUACGCCCUGCAGUACGCAGACGGGCGGCAGACCUACAUUACCGAGUCGAACCGCGGGGAGAUUAAGAACGGGAGCAUUUUACGGCUGACCACCUCCCCGGACCAAGAAGCAGAGAGGUUGUACAGCGGGAUCCAGAGCAACAACUCGGAUGUGAAGACUGACUCGCUGAAGAAGCUUGCAAGCCUCUCCCAAGACGUUACUUUUGCUCAGGAGUUCAUCAACAGGAAUGGCUUGAAACAAAUCUUCUAUAUUGUGGAAGAAGGGAAUGCUACAGGGGAGAUGCUAGCUCACACCCUGAAGGCCUUCAUGGAGCUAAUGGAGCAUGAUUUUGUUUCCUGGGAGACUCUUAGUGCAGCCUUCAUCAAGAAGAUAGUGAGCUAUGUCAACAUGAACAUGGUGGAUGCAUCUGUCCAGCAGCUCUCUUUGUCUAUCUUGGAGAACAUGGUACCCACCAGUCGCCUCCUCUUUGACCUAGUCAAAAAAGAAGUGACGUUGGAUCGUCUUCUCACCCACCUGCAGGUGACAAAUGCCCAGCUACAGCUGAAGGCGAUGGCCCUGCUCAUUGCGCUGCUGCUGGCUGCGACAGAUGCUGAACGGCGGGACAUGAUGGACUACUUGAGGGAGAAGAAUAUCAGGCAGUUUAUCCACAAGAACAUCAUCCACAGCUCUGAGCCACUGGGGGAUGAGAUGGCCCAUUACCUGUACGUGCUGCAGUCUGUCAGCCUCAACCUGUGUGAGCGCCGCAUGAGGACCUCCAUGGAUCCCUACUCACAGGAACAGCGGGAGCUCCUCCAGUCUUUGCGCCAAACUGCCUUUGAGUCGGAGAGUGAGGCGCCUGCCAGCAACGUCAGCACCGAGCGCCGGCGAUCCCUGUGUGCCAAAGAGUUCCGCAAGCUGGGCUUCAUGAACAACAGCAACCCAGCAGAGGACCUCCGCCGUGCCCCACCAGGACUCCUUGCCCUCGACAACAUGGUCUAUUUCUCCAGGCACACCCCCAACGCCUACAGCAGGUUUGUCCUCGAGAACAGCAGCCGGGAAGACAAACAUGAAUGCCCCUUUGCUCGAAGCAGCAUCCAGCUCACCUUGAUCCUCUGCGAGAUCCUGCACGUUGGAGAGCCAUGCUCGGAGACAGCUCAGGCCUUUUACCCUAUGUUCUUCGGGCAGGAUCAUUUCUUUGAAGAGCUCUUCUGCAUCUGCAUCCAGCUGGUGAACAAGACCUGGAAGGAGAUGCGCGCUACCCAGGAGGACUUUGACAAGGUGCUGCAGGUGGUGCGGGAGCAGAUCACCAGGACCCUGUCCCUCAAGCCCACCUCCCUGGAACUAUUCAAGACCAGAGUGAACGCGCUGAACUACAGUGAGAUCCUGAAGCUGCGGCAGACAGAGCGGCUGCACCAGGAGGAGACGCUGGCUGUGCCCGUGCUGGAGUUACGUGAGAGGCUGAAGCCNNUCAUGAGGGGGCAGCUCCGUCCACCCAGGGAAGGGGACCUCAGCAGAGGGAGGCUGAGCAUUUCCAAUGGCCCUUCUUCUGCAGACAAGAUCUGGUACUGCCGCCUGUCACCCAACCACAAGGUGCUGCACUAUGGGGAUGUGGAGGAGGGGGUGCUCUCUCCCCCCAUCGAGAGCCUGCCAGAGAAAAUUCCUGUGGCGGACAUGAAGAUGCUGCUUGUGGGGAAGGAGUGUCCUCACACAAAGGAGAAGAGCUCUGGGAAACAGAACAAGGAUGUUCUGGAGCUGGCCUUCUCCAUCGUGUACGACGUGGAGGAAUACUGCCUGAACUUCAUUGCCCCGACGCGGUACGAGUUCUGCCUCUGGACGGAUGGGCUGAACGUGCUCCUGGGCAAGGACAUGACAAGCGAGCGAACACAGACGGACCUCGAUGUCCUGCUGUCCAUGGAGCUCAAGCUGCGGCUCCUGGACCUGGAGAACAUCAAUGACACUCCCCCUCCUAUCCCAAAGCCCCCCAGCAACUUAAACUUCUGCUAUGACUUCCGCCAUGCAGAGCAGUGA